AACGCGUAAAACGUGAUACCAAAGUGCAGCCCAGCGUCUAGCAGGCAGAGAGCGGAGUGCCCACUGCCCACACCAGAAGCAACCAUGGAUGAAGGUUCAGCGUCCUCCUCUUUCGCUUACGAUGUCUUUCUGAGUUUCGAUGGUGAAGAUGACUGCCGCAACUUGGCCACAGAUCUUAAUCAUGCCCUCCGUAGAAGGGGAAUCGUGACAUUCAUUAGCGAUGAGCCGAUUUUACCAUAUGCUUCCCGAGCAAUCCGUCAGUCUAGGAAUGCUAUUGUUAUUUUCUCUAAGAACUAUGCCUUCUCCCUAGUUUGUCUGCAGCGUCUGGUUCAGAUCUUUGACUGCGUCAAGGGAGAUGGUCGAUUCAUUUGGCCCGUGUUUUACCGAGUCGAUCCAUCUCACGUGAAGCAUCAAACGGGGCCCUAUAAGGCUGCCUUUGAUCGGUAUGAUGGUGCGGGAGUCCUCCGUGAUGAGAUCGUCAAGAGCUGGAGAUCGGCUUUGUCUCAUGCCGCUGAUUUGCCUCGCUGGUAUUUGGAACCAUGCAAGGAAUCAUAUGAACAUGAGUUCGUGGAAGAAAUCGUUCAACAGGUUUCCACAGCCGUUAGUUUUAAGCCUUUAUACGUAGCUACAUUUCCAGUUGGGAUUGAGUCUCGGGUAAGAGACGUUUGCUCACUUCUAAACGAGCAGCCUCAUAGUGAUGGAGCUACCAUGGUAGGAAUUUAUGGUAUUGGUGGUGUGGGUAAAACAACACUUGUGCGAGCUGUAUACAAUGAAAUUGCAUGUCAAUUUGAACACUUAUGCUUCCUAAGCGAUGUUAGAGAAAAACCCAUCCACGAUCUUCUAAAGGCACUGCUCUUGGAAACAACUGGGGAGUGGGAUAUUAGGUUGGAACAUGACAAAACAAUUAUAAAAGAUAGGCUCCGCAGUAAGAAGGUUCUUUUGAUUCUGGAUGAUAUAGACAGGCAUCAGCAGUUACAAGCUCUGGCAGGUGAACCUAACUGGUUUGGUUCUGGCAGUAUAAUCAUUGUAACGACAAGGGAUAAGCACUUGUUGGACCAUCAUGGAAUUCACAGAAAAUAUGAGGUGCAGGGAUUAAACAAGGAUGAAGCUCGUGAACUGCUGGUUUCGAAUGUUUUUGGAAGCAAAGAAGCAGAUCCUUUGUACGAAAACGUCAUAAAUCUCAUGCUAACUCAUGCAUGUGGACUUCCAUUGGCUUUGAAAGUGCUAGGUUCUUUCUUGUCUGGUCGAACUGUUGGUGAAUGGGAAUCUGCAUUGGCUAAAAUUCGAAGUGAACAAAGUCGAAGUCAUGUUCUUGACAUUCUCAAAUUGAGUUAUGAUGCUCUGGAUGAAGUAGAAAAGGAAAUUUUUCUUGAUAUUGCCUGUUUCUACCAUGGAUGGGAGUUGAAACACGCCUCAAAUAUACUGCGGACUAGCUUCAGUUUUAACGCAGGCAUCUGCAUUAGAGUGUUGAUCAAUAAAUGUCUUAUUACAAUUGAUGAUUAUGGUAUUGUGCGAAUGCAUGAUUUGAUUCAAAAAAUGGGUCAGGAAAUUGUAAGGCAGCAAUCACCGCACGAACCUGGUAAACGCAGCAGAUUAUGGAUGUUUGAGGACAUUCAUGAUGUAUUAGAAGAAUGUACGGGAACUGCUAGAAUUCAGACAAUUCUGCUGCGUUGUUCUGACGUUAAAAAGGUGAAUUGGAACGGGGAAGCCUUUGAGAGGAUGAAAAAUCUGAGGGUACUCUUCAUCUACGGUGUAAAGUUUUCUAGAGGUCCUAAAUCUCUGCCAAGUAGUUUAAGAGUACUGGAUUGGAUGGAUUAUCCCUCAUGGACAUUACCCUCAAACUUUAAUCCAAGCAAUCUUGUCAUACUCAACCUGCCUCGUAGUUACUUGAAACUGGGAAAGCCGGGACGCCAGUGGGCCAGUUUGUGUUAUUUGAAUCUUGAGCACUGUAACAUGUUAACGGAAUUACCUGAUUUGUACGGAGCAUCAAACUUGAAGGUAUUGUCUGUCGGACAUUGCAAGAAUUUAAUGAAAAUUGAUAGUACCGCUGGAUACCAUGCUAAUCUUAGGGCACUGAGAGCUCGAGGAUGCGCCAAACUCAUCAGUUUUCUAGAAGAUGGCAUCAACUUUACGUCGCUUGAAACCCUAGAUCUCACAGGAUGCUCAAAUUUUCAAAAAUUUCCAGAAAUAUUAGAAAAAAUGGAAAAUGUUAAAACGCUCGCAUUGAGUGGCACUGCCAUAGAAACACUACCACAGUCUAUUGAGAAACUUACUGGGCUUGAAUGCUUAUACCUAUACAACUGCAGAAGGCUUUGUCAUUUACCGGUGGAUAGCAUUCGUAAAUUGAAUAAACUUGUGAGAUUGGAAGCUGGAUCUUGUGGGCUGUUCAACCAGUUCACAGAUCAAGAUGUACAGUGGACAGUGAAUCUUGCAUUCUGCAAUAUCACUAGGUUACACCUAAACAAAAACAAUAUCUCAGAUCAACUUCUUAAUCUGAUUCUCAGAUGGUUUCCCAGAUUACAAGUUCUAGAGCUACGCGACAAUGAUUUCAAAGUUCUUCCAGUGUGCAUUGAAGAUUGUCACUAUUUGAAGCGACUUUAUCUGGACGGAUGCAAACAGCUUCAGGAAAUCAGAGGGAUUCCCCAAAAUAUUAAAGUAUUGUCAGCAAUAAACUGCACAUCAUUGACUUCCGUGCCUUCUAUCAGUUUACUUAGUCAGAUCCUGCAGGUUCCUGGGAACAGAAAAUUUAUACUGCCAGGAGAACGGGUCCCAGGAUGGAUCCACAGCUCUAACAGUGGAAGUUCAGUUUCUCUUUUGGUUCGUAAUAAAUUUCCGGAAAUUGCUGUUUGUGUUGUUUUUGAUGUAAAAGGAAGAGGCUUUAGCCACUUUCAGUUCCAAAUCCAAGUCCUUAUCAGUGGCACUCACAGUUUUGUUGUGAAGACUGAUGAUUUAGAAAUAGAGACUGGUCAUGUAUAUCUGUUUGAUGAUCUAAGGCACCAAAAUAAGGAGUUUGAGGUCAGAAGGGAACUCCUAGAAAAGCAAUUCAAUCAUGUUCGGAUAUCAUGCAGUACACACCCCAAAAAUGUGUCACCAGAUGCCUUUAGUUAUGUGAAGUACAUUGGGGUCUAUAUCUACAAUUAUGAAAGUUGUGCGGAUGAUAUCCUAUUUGAAAAUCCAAGGAGAACACUGGAGGAUAUGAUUUGUGAUGAAGAUUGCAAUUUCUCAGUUUAUAGUGACAGCAGCAGAAAAGAUAGAUUGUAUUACAAAGACUUCCAGGCUACGGAAGCACCUGAGGACUCUUCUUGUGAGGUGAACUCGCAUGGCAUCAGUGCAGACGAUAUGAAAUCCGAGGAAGGAUUUCAAAUUUCUCCAGAAGAAAAAUAUCCAGAGACCCCGUUUGGGAGGCAUGGGUAUCAACAGGAUCCAAUGGAAUGGGAAUAUCAAAUAACAUGCCAGAAAGAUCAAAUUAACUCAAAUUCUCAAAGCAUGAAGAUGGAUAAAGGCUAUGAAGGAAUGGGAUCCAAGCAAAGAGAAGAUAGAUGGCACAUAUUAUUGUGUAUUAUAUUUUCUUCAGUUGUGCUUUAUCACUAUGUCCUUCAUCAUCUUUGGCUCUUCAUCACUCACUAAGACGUUUUCUUUCUUCUGCGGGUCAGGUGGGGCUAUCAGCUAUGAAACCACAGGAGGGAUUGAACCUGUUUGGAUGAAAAUUGAAGGAUGCAUUUGUUUUUUCCUUGAUCGUUUUUGCAGCCUGACUUGGGGGAGACUUUUAGAUGUUUACAUAUAUAUUUUCAAACCUGAUACUAGUUAUUCCAUCCGUUUAAUAUUAUGAAGCAUUUUGAGUGAA